ACUGGUAUAAACUUGCAGCUUCCUUCCUAGGUUUGGUGUUACUGAAACUUGGGUGUCGCUUCAGCUAUUCAUUGCAGUAUCAAAAAUCUUGUAGUUUGUGUAAUAGUUCCAGCUACAUGGAGGACGAUUCAGUAUUACUGAAAAGCCAGGGAAAGACAGAGUUUCCAAAGUUCAGCUGCAUCUGUGAGCUCUGCAAUUGUGGGCGUCACAAACAUCACAAGGGCUGCAGAAAGAGGAAUGCAGAAACAAGGAUUAUCUGGGGUUCGGACAGCUGUCUGCUCAGCCAUUACACAGCCACCUUCACCUGGCCCCAUAAGAGAAAACGAAGCAGCAGGAGACCCCAGCUCUCACAGGUCCUGCUGGCACAGUCUCCAACCAAUCAGCUGGGUGGUCAAUACCUCUCCAAUCCUACAUUCAGGCAGACACCAAGGCUUGUGGCUAGAGGUUCCCCAAAGCUGUUACAAGCACCUUACCUUCAGAAUUUGACUAGCCCUCCUGUACAGUCAGCUGUGCCAGACACCACCACCCUUCAGCAAACCUCUGACCAAGAUGCAGUCAGACGUAAAGCCACCACCACAAGCUACCAGCAGCACAAGGGGGCAGCAUACUCACACUCAUUCCCCAGGCUGGGGGAGUUGCCUGCUGUUAUAGGCUCUGUACUCUACCCAGACCAGAGGGAGAAGAUGGAAACAACAACCAAUCGGGAGUUUGUCCCAAAAACAGGCGGCAGACCAGAGAGGAAACAGGUGGUACAGUGCAACCUAAUGCUAGAAGGAGAGCGAAACUUGGCCACGACACACCGUCAGGAAUUCAAGCCAUAUCCUCUAGAGGGUGCUCCUGUGGCAAGACAGCAAUCAGCUCUUAUGAAAGAGGAAGAGGUAUCAAGCAAAGGGGUGCCAAUGGAAUCUGUCACGCGAUAUAGUCAUGAUUUCCCCUCACGCACCUGCCUGCCCAAACGGAGAAACCCUGUCCGACCCCACCCCGACAACCUCAUGAUCAAUCCAGCACUGAGGACUGAAUUUAGGACAGUCCAAAUGGAUACUUACCCUGGCUGGAACACCUUGGAACACCGCAGACCAGCCCCAGCCAAGCUCAGAGAGGAGCUCUCUGUUAGAAGCAGUGAUCACCAUUUCCAAGGGGAUACUGUUACAAAGCUGGAUUUCCAGCCCCUUCCUCUCCCCAGCUUUCGCCAUAAGCCACAGCCCCUGAUGCCUACACUGAAACCCCUGCAGGGGCUGUUUGAUGACCGGACUGCCAACAAGGAGUUCUUCAAGGACUGGGGGGUCUGCAGGCGGGUUCGCCAUGGUGACCGAUAUGAUGGGUUGACCUAUCUGAAGCCUACAGGCAAGUUUGAGGGCGAAACAACAAACUCUCAGACAUUCUUCCAGAAAAAAGUGGAGAGGGUGAGGAAUUGUAAGCCUGAGCAGAGACUGGAAGAGGACCGGGGAGAGCAUACCUUUGCCACAGAGCACAGAGAAGCCUACAGGCCACUCAGCCUCCCAGUUUGCCAGCUGCAGCUGUAUCUGGAACAGAAUCCACCUACCAGUCAGGGACAACCAAAGCCAUCUGCUGUCGAGACCUAAGAACUACAAGCAACACCAGUGUCUUUUAUCUUCAGUUUUCUCAGGGCCAGAUUGAAUAAGAAAACAAUUGCUGCGCAAAACCGUUCACUGUAUUGUGCUGUGUUAGGUGUGUUGCGGCCAGAGAUACCGACACAUUAAUGACCAGUUAACAAAGAAUGUUUCUAUUUACGCAGUUAAAUAAACGCCCUCAUUUGCAAUUUUGCGGUAGGAGACACCCAUAAAAAGGGUCAGUAACAAUAUUGCAUGCUUACACCUCCAGAUUACAAGGCACUAAGAAAUGAGUACGCAGCAACCAAGCACGUUGAAGCAAGGAAAAGAAAACUUAAAUUUACACAUCAGAAAAUUUUGGUAAUGGUCAACGAGGCAGCAAGAGCUUCACACCAUAUUACAGCAUAGGAAUACACCCCAGGAGAAGAUGAGGAGGACAAAAAUUUACAAAAUUAAUCCUUUCGGUACAAUAAAAUGAACAGUAGGGGAUGUAAAAAAAAAAGAUGAUAUUAGGCAGUCUUACAAAAAAAAUCCCUAAGAGGGCAAAAGUGGAUAGCUAGCUAUAUUACAUCUUGGUAGCUGUACAUAUACAAAAAUGCAUUUAUGGGUAAAUUUGUUUAUUAUUUAAUCUGAAUUAUGCACAUAGUAAAGUUAGGCAUUCGUGGAAUAUGAAUACGUAAAGUUAUUGUAUCCAGUUGUGUGGGAAUGGAGUCACUUGAAGUCGGUCAAUGUCUCGUUAGCCGCCGGUGUGGCAUGAACAUCAAACUAAUGUAACCAAACUAGGUUACAUUGGUUUGGUGGCCUAGCCUCUUUAAGGUCUAGCUGCAGCAGAUUUGAAUGACACUUUCAUCAAAAUCAGCAACUUAUUACCCAAAAUUUGAGAGCUUACGCACACUAGACACUGGACUAGCAUACGUUAACAUGGUGCACAAAUAAAGUGUAAAUUCAAUAUAGUCUCAACUACUGAGGCUGAAAAUAUGUCUAUGAAAAUAGUCAUUUGAUGCAAGGACGAAAACCUUACCUGUGUAGAUGUUUAAAAGUUUUACUCUUUAGAUUUUUGAGAAAAAAAGGAUAUAUAUAUGGCGGCUAUUCAUUCUCUGCCUCUGGAGUUAAGUGCAAGUUUUGUGGGUGACAUCACGAGGGCAAAAUAACAGGAAUACUGUAUUACGUUUAGGAGGAGGAAAUUACAGUAAGGUAGGCUACAGUAGAACUUAGUGCUAUAAAAUAUUCCCACCUGUCUAGAAUUUCCACAGAAUGCCAUGCAAAUUACUGUAACAUACUAUAACCAACAAAUAUAGAAUUGUACAGUAGAUUUUACAGUAUUGUACAGUAAAAACUACAACAUUCUUCUGUAUCGUGCCUAUAUCCUGGUGCUUUUCAGUUUUGAAUCUUCCCCUGCUUCUAAACUGGUAAAUUUACCUUCAUACUUAAUAAUAAACUUUAAUUCAACCAAUAAACCUUACACCUCUUCAUGAGGCUAGAAAUGUAAAAGAUACUACGUUAGAGUUAAUUUAAGAUUUAGCUGUGUGUAUUGAUAUGGCUGUGUAGAAAUUAUAAGACCUUUGUUUUAAAACGAAUAAAAAUUCCUGUGGUAUCAAACAUGAUAUCAAAUUGGGUAUUGAAACAAUUAUGUACCAACAUUUGCAAAUAAAACUUUCACAAAAAAAUUUGAAAGAAGCUAAAGUUUGAAGUGAAAUAUAAACCUACAUAUUUGAUUUGAAAGUGCCUGUGAAUGUAGUUUUAAAGGUUCACCUUAUUGAUACACAGAAUUGAAGAGAUCAUGGUGCUUGUGGUGGCUUUCUGAACACUGGGAAGCUUCAGGACCAGGAACAUAUUCAGACUGCAAUGAUAUAGUCUUAUAAAGAGAUGAGUGAACUAUUUGGAGAAUGGGUUUUUUGUAUACAAAAACCACACAUAUAAUACAGAUACACACAAAUCAUCUAUAAAAAGGCUGUCAUUCGUACACAGAUCACCCAAUAUGGAUGCAGAUACCCUCCAAUUAAAGCUGACAGUC